UUGAACCAGUCAACGCUAGACUCAACAAUAAGGUCGACAAAAUGAAGUUCCUGACAACACUGUGUACCUGCCUUUUUAUAUUUUCAGUUUGUGGCCAAGCCAUAGUAGACAAAUCAGUGAUAGAAGAUGGUGGAACAUUUACUGUGACAUGUGACGCUACACGUGCUGGUGUUCCUACAACUACUGUGGACUAUGUUAGUUCUCUUGUGCUGCUUAUUAAAGGAACUGCCUUCACAGAACUUGCAAGAUAUAGACCAUAUCCACCCUAUGCAGAAAACUAUACAAAUGAUCAGUACUUUGGCACUAGAAACUGGACUUAUCAGUUCAGUGGAGGGAGGGGAGGAACAGACAACACUCCAGUUAACAGGAAUACAAUCAAAAUUGUGAUACAAAUGAAUGAGGCCAAAUGUGCUGAUGCUGGUCUCUACUUUUGUAACGCAAGUUACAUUCAAAAUAAAAAUGAUCUAACAUCAUCCAAUUUUUACAACGUUACUAGCAAAGCUAAAAUUCAGCAGCCUAUUUUAAUACUUACACCCCAUAAUGAGGUUUUGGGUGAUCCUUCUGCUUCAAUAAACCAAGCUGGAACAAAUAUUACUUUCAAAUGCACUGUUAUGGGCCCAACUGGCUUGAACUUACUUUGGAGAUAUGGGAAAAGUGACCAAGGAGUUGAGAAUUAUCCAUAUCAAAAUCACAUUACCAGCCGUGAGCCAACAGCAUCUGGUAGUUGCAAUCAAUAUAGUUAUGAAUCAUCUCUGUUGUUCCCUAUGGAUUCAUUACAUGAUGGUUAUACAUUCUAUUGCUCUGUACAAGACAGUAACAGUAAUGCUCUAAGUGCUAAUUUGACAGUCUACACACAACCUACCACUAAAGAGCCAGAUGCUGAUGCGAAUACUGCUGAUGCUGGUAUAAAUGUUGGUGCUAUUGUUGGUCCAAUCAUUGGUGGUCUAGUUCUGAUAGCCAUCAUUGUUGUGGUGGUCUACUUCUGCUGGUAUCGCAAGAGGGACACAACUAAAGAUAAAGAUAGAGAACCUGAUGCUACAGACUCCAAUGUACAUGCCCCCCCUCCCACCUUCUAUGCCAAGCCGCACAAACAACCAAAGGAGGAAAAAGACAACAUUGAUUCUGGCAAAAUCAACAAGGGACUGGAUUUGUCAUAUGAGCACGAAGACUCCAAAGGGCCCCCUCGUUACACCAACACUGUAGAUGAUGAUAACGAGCCACCUCGUUAUGACAGGGGGCGCAGCAACAAGGGCUAUGAUGAAGACAAUAAUAAGGAAGAGCGCAGCCGACGUCAUAGAGACCGUGAGGACCGCAAAGAUCGUGAGGGCCGCAAGAGCCGCAGCCGUGACCCAGACGAGGAGCCACGCCGCCGCUACAGCACGGAUGACAACACUGACAAUCGUGACUACACCCCCUAUGGUGACCCAGGCAUGGGGACGGCCAUCUAAACCCCAGGUCUGCCUGGUCUAGCUGGGGCACGCAACACUGGCUUAAACAGUCACAUAGGAGGGGUAUACAUUGGUCCAUCCUCGACUUUAACAGUUGCAUAGGAUGGGGGAGGGGGGUUAGGUAUACUUUGGAUUUUUUUUUUGUUACUGGCAGCAUCCCUAUCGUGUUGAAAAUUUUAUUUUUAAAGUUUUUAGAGUUGACUUCAUACAUUUUAAGAGUUCCCCACUGUUACUUUAUAGGCUCCCUAUUGCUGAUCAGACUCAGCUCAAUUGUAUUUUGACCUACAAGAACUAAAGUAUAAACUAUGACUCAGCUGUGUAAAUCCACUUACAGAAUUCCUUCUCGCCAUAAAUCUUGCACUGUUGAAGUUUAAAUUAGUUCAACUCUUGUAAAUAUACAACAGACAUUUCAAAAACAUUUUCUUUUUUCGGUUUGCUUUUGACCACAUGUAAAUAACCAAUAAAUAACCUCAGCAAUCAACUUCUAAUCUAAUUAACAUUUCCUCAUCAAUUUGCAGUGACUUUUGUAGACAUAAUACUAAUCUAAUGACUUAUAUAAUAUUUUAAUUUAGUUAGCAUAAUCUCUGUAUAACAAUUGUUUUGAUUUUCUUGCUUUGUAACAUUGAAGUUAGCCUUGCAAAUGUAAACAUGCCAUAUUGAUACCAUAUUAAUUAAUAUUAUGUUAUGUACUGAAUGCUUGUCACCCAGAUUGAGAUUAUGGUUUCUGAUAUACUUUUUAUUUUAUUUUUUUCAGAGUCCCAGUUAUCCUUUAAAAUCAAUAUUAAUCAGUCUUCUUUUGCAGGAAAUGAACCAUAACAAGAUAUUCAAUUUUGGAAUAAAAUUCUAAAAUAAUUUUUAGAAAAAUUUCUAACUCAAUUGAAAGCUAUUUUCCAAAAUUUACAUUUAAAUUAAUGAAAGACAGAGUUUAAAGACAUUCCAAACAUUUUUUUGACUUGUUAAGGUAAGCACCAACAAAAGCAACACAUAUUUCAUGCUGGUGUUCAUAUUUUAUCUGAUCCGUUACAAAUAACUUAAGCCCUAAACAGCUUCAUAGUAAUAACAGAAAGCAGACGUACUUAACCAAACACAUUUCAUUGAGAUCACUUGAACUGAGUAUGAAUGUUCAGUGUAGUGAAUAUAUGUCUGAGUGAUCUAGUAACCAUGACAUUGUAUUUUUACUUUCAUAUACAUGUGUUAGUUUUCUAAUUCAAAAAAUAUUUUUUUUUGUUUUUAUCUGAAACCUCAGGUUCUGUUUGCAUGAUUGUUAUAGGAGUAAUUCAGAUGUUCAGUUAAGUGUUCACUCAAAUGUUGCAGUUGACUGUACCUUACACUACAAUCAGACAACCUUUGACUUCACUAUGUUCACAGUUGAAUUUUUUUUUAUUGAUUUUACUCAAUCCCUGCACAUAUUCCAGGGAGUAAAUUUACUUUGAUCAUCUCAGUCAGUUUGUGGUAGCUAGACAUUUGGCAGCCAUCACUUGUUGUGUUUCAUACAGUUAUCUCUCCACCCCAUAUAUAUAUAUAUAUAUAUAUAUAUAUAUAUAUAUAUAUAUGAAUAUAUAUAUAUAUAUAUAUAUAUAUAUAUUC